AUUUGAGCCCCAUGGCGACUUCUAUUAUUGUUACUUAGAAAUAUCAGAAUGAUGCAGAUGAUGGUCUCCUGUAUAUUUUACACACACACAUACAAGCACACUGCCAGAUUCUGAAAAAGCAGCUUUCACACCACCUGAAAGCACUUUUUCCUUCACUCGAACGUCCUCUUUCUACAAGGAAUUUGAGCUCUGUUCGAGAUGGACACUGGCUUCAUUCUUGAGCAAGUUAAGGAGAUGAUGCCAACGUCUUUCUCAGCGCAGGAGGAGGAGCGCUACGUGGCGGAGAAAAUGCUCAUGAGGCAGUUCAUGCUCAUAAAGGAGCAGAAUCAGGUUCCCGAUCAUUUAUCUACUAGAGAUAUGAAGGCUUGGCUGCUGGCUGGAAGGAGUUUCCUGGAAGAGUUCCAGGAAAUGGUAAAGGUGGCAGAGGCAAGAAAGCUCGUCCUGGCUGAGCUGGCCUGGAUCGCUGCAAGGCACCUCUGUGUGAAUCAGAUGGAGCAGGAGUUGCAGGAGGAACUCGAGAAGGAGAAACGCCUCUCGCAGCAAUUUGGAAGAAAGGUCACACUGGAGGGCCUUCAGAUGUUCCUCUCCACCUUCCACCCUAAAGCAGAGCAGGUCGUGAGAAGCUUCCUGGGCCACCUGUCCAACAGUCUGCUCAGCUCCUGCACUGGCUUUCACACCAGCAAGCGCUCCAAGCUAGCGCUGCUCAUCAAGCUGCAGCAGACCACGGCUCCUCUGGUAAUGCAGACGGUGGACACUGCCCUGGAAUUCCUCCUGUGCGUGUCUCCUGUUGAGGUCAGACCUUCUCACGCUGAGCAGCCCAUCACAAGCAAGAACUCCAGCUUGGCCUCUGCUGGAAGGACCAGGGCGAAGGCUGCUGGCUCUCAGAUUGGCAAACAGCUGGCUGACGCGGUGGCCACUUGCUUCUGCCUGAAUACAUGUUACAGCAGGGCUCAUCUCCUGUGCACCUGCACGUCAGUGGCCCAGAACAUGGUCAAAGCCAUUUACAAAAGAUUUGUUAGCCGCUCAAAAUCCUUCUACCUCCUGGACUUUGAUGAGAGCUUUGUCACAGCUAGACAGGCCGUGAUCUGUGCAAUGGACAGCAUGGAUGGCAGAGAACGGAGAACUGCAAUCAGCUGCCCUCUCAGUGAGCAGUGUUCAGAGAUAGAAUCCAUGAGUUCUGAGAUGUGCCAUGUGACUGCAGAGCAGACGGAUGACAAGAAUGACAAAGAGAGGAUGCGAAGUGCGCCGACCUUCUCCAGACGUUUGUGGAAAAAGAUGUUAUGCAUGUCCACCGAGGAGUGAAUCCCAUUUCUGCCUCAACCCAAAUUAUGUUGCCUAAAAUAACAUAAUUUAUGUUCCUCAAA